UUAUUCAGUUGCGUCGUCGUCGCUGCGUUGAUAUUAUUUGCUGCAAAGGAACGAACAUUCGCGGCACAAAAAGCAAGAGACUUAACAGAGAAACUUUGACAGAGAGAGAAACAGGAGAGAGAGACUCUACAAUGGCGAAUGAGACGCCUCUGAGGAAAAUAUCGGAGGCAUUCAAAGAGCUCGAGGCAGCCGUAAACUCCCAAACAGCAGAAAUCGAGGUCGCGCCGUUCUCCAGCGCGUGCUCUCUGGUGUCGCCUCUGUUCGGAUGCUUGGGCAUCGCCUUCAAGUUCGCCGAGAUAGACUACGUCGCCAAGGUCCAUGAUCUCGCGGAGGCGUCGAAUUCAAUCUCGACCUUACCGGUUUUGCUCGACCGCGAUAUCGAAGGGGAUCGCGUGAGAAAAGCCGGUAGUCAUUCGAGGAAUUUGCUGAGAGUGAAGCGUGGGCUCGACAUGGUUAGGGUACUCUUCGAGCAAAUUAUAGUCACCAAGGGAAAUUCCUUGAAGGAUCCUGCUUCCAAGGCUUAUGCACAGGUGUUUGCUCCCCACCAUGGGUGGGUCAUCCGGAAAGCUGUUGCUGCAGGGAUGUAUGCACUUCCUACUAAAGAACAACUAUUACAUAAACUCAAUGAAGAUGAGAACUCAGCAAUCGUUCAAAUGCAGAAUUACAUAUCUGCUUCGACGCCUCUAAUUCUGUACAUCGACAAACUCUACCAUUCAAGGAAAUUGGGUGUAGAUUGGUAAAGCAGGAAUUGCAUUGUAAUUUAUGGAGAAUUGUAACUGAGAUAAUUUAAUCAGUUGGCAUUAUAUAUACAUUAGUAAUUUAUGUCAUUGAUUUAUUAGAAAAUAUC